AUGUCGAAAUCAAUUGCAAACGACACAUAUUUUUCACAUUUAUCAGUUUCUCCACCAGACAAGUUCACUAAAUAUUAUUUACGUACAAAAUGGCUCGGGUCAAUAGACUUGGAAACGGAUAUUGAGAAAAAACCGGUCUGUGAUUUAUCAGUGACGGACUGUCGUUCGUUUUGGCAACGCGAAGUGGGAGAUCUGAGACGUGGGAAACCUUCUGGUAUUACAGAAACUUCACAGUUCUUGGAGGCCACACAUGCGGUACUUUCUGGAAAGGAAUUCUUUAACGAAUUUAGACUUUCUUGUCAAGUUACCUCUGGAACUUCUACAGUCACGCUAAAAUGGAGCUGGCGAGUAGAAGAUCCAGGCGAAGACCCCAUGCUGGCUUUACCUAUGACACUUGGUAGUAUUGGUCUUAUAUUGGUGUCCGAAAAUGAAUGUUUUAAACUUUGGCCAGAAUGGUUAGAUUUUUUAUUGGAGGAUCGAACACAGUAUCAGUUAAGAUGUGAAGCGCUCGAAAUGCGUGUUACAGAUCUUGAAAAAAUACACGACUUAACUGAGCAGAAAAUGAAUAAAAUGGCAGAAGAUAAAUUGACGAGUGAGACGAUACUACUGGAAAACUUCAGAGAUCUUUUGAAUUCAAAAAAGAAGAAAAUCAAAAGUCUACUGAAACUACUCGAGAAAAGUGGUGUCGUGCAGCGUCAAGCAGAAUCAGAUGAUAAUCAAUCGGUCGCAAGUGGAUUGUCUUUUGAGAUGAUGGAUGAAAACACUUCGGAAGCAGAAUCAAUCCAUGAACAACCACAAAAGGAGGAGGAGGAAGAAAUGCAAAAACAGGAAGUGCAACAUAAUGAGCCGGAAUCGAAUAUAAAAAAAGAGUCACAAGAAAUAGAAAUUCCCAGUCCACCAGCGAAAAUGAAAAAUGAUCAAGUAGCCGAUAUAGCAGAAGAUUCAAAUGAUGAUUUAGACGAUCUAUUUCCGACAAAGCAUAUUCGAAGGAAGAGAAGAUGA